GCAUGGUCUGACCCAGGCCUCGUGACGGGGUUAUACGAGAAUCAGAACUCGUAUUUGUUACAUGCCUAGGAAUGCAACGAUCGUGGUGCCAAUACAUGAUGCCUCAACUGGUGAUUUCUUUCAGCGUCACGUAAAAAAACAUAUAUAAAACAGGAUCGGUUUGACCACUACCUGGCGAAUUCUUACCACCUCACCACCACUUUCACACAUCAUCUCACAGCUCUUAACCAUAUCCAUUCGCUAGCUCUUCAAACUUUCACAUUCACACAACUCCAAAAUGAAGUUCUUUGCUACCAUCCUGGGCGCUGCCGUCGUCGCCACUGGCGCCUCUGCCCAACAAGCCACCGUAACGAACAAUUGCGCAGCUCCCGUCUACGUUCAGUCAUUCCCUUACGAUGGAAGCACAUCCGGACCCCUAACCACCUUGAACCCCGGAGACACCUUCAAGGAGGAUUUCCGUCCGUCAGGUUCGACCGUAAAGAUCGACACCGACAAGACUCUCGCCCACCCGCUCUUCUUCGGCUACUCUUUCAGCUCAAACCCAGACUACGCCUACUAUGAAUUGAGCUCGGAGUGGGGAAACCCCUUCGGCAAGUCGCAUAACAUUCUAACGCCGGGCACUGGUUGCGAACUUUUCGACUGCGCAGCCUUCGACGCCGGUUGCUACAGCAGGCCGGAAGCCAAGAAGGUGUACGGCUGCCCUGAGCCCGUGGAUCUAUCAUUGACACUCUGCGUCUAGAUGGAAGAAACGGUGAUCGUGUCGCUUAGCUAAACGGACUUUGAGUUUCAUCGCCCGUAAGAGUUCUAGCUUCAACGGACGGCUGUUGACUUGGGAAUAGAAAAUAACGAAAAUGUUUAAUGAAUAAUCAUACUGCUACUUAAAAAUAUUAGAUAAUUGUUAGACAUAAAAUAUGAGUUCUUGAAACUUA